AUGCCGCCUCAUCUCUCAACUAAAAUCAUCCCCCAACAAACAACCCAAACUAUCUGUACCCUCUCCACCCAAUCCCUCCCUCCACCAACGCUUCCUUCAAAAGCUUCUAGAACCUUCCCCUCCGGACCCACAGCUUCCUUCGUCUUCCCAACCGUUGGCUACAAGUAUCGGUUUUUCGGCCAAGAUGCUGAGACUGCUGCUAGAGUUUUGGGGUAUAAAGUUGGUGUUGUUAAGCAGACUGAGACUGCUUCUAUUAAGGCCCAUGGUUUGAACCGGGGUGGUCCGUUUUGCAGAGGCUUGUCGGCGUUGUAUACGAAGGCGAUGUUGGAGGCGGCUCAGGAUUUGGGAGGAGGGGAAGAUGAGUGUGGGUCAGUGAGUAACUACUUGCUGUGUGUUGUGGAGAAGAGUAUUUUUGGUGAGAGGAAAUCUAAGUCUGGUGUGGAGGGUGGGUUUGAUGUGAGAAUUGGGAUUGUUGGUGUGGAGAUAUCGACGAGAGAUGUUGUUUAUGGAGAGUUUGAUGAUAAUUUUUUGAGGAGUGAACUUGAGGCUGUUGUUGUUAGCUUGUCUCCUGCUGAGUUGCUUCUUGGGGACCCUCUUUCCAAACAAACUGAGAAGUUAUUAUUGGCUUUUGCUGGACCCUCCUCAAAUGCUCGUGUGGAGCGUGCCUCACGAGAUUGCCUCACUGAUGGAGGCGCCUUAGCUGAAGUUAUGACCUUGUAUGAAAACAUGUGUGUUGACAGUCCAUCAGAUUCAAUGCAAGGCAAUGAAUUGACUGAGCAUAAAAGUCAGCAGAUGGAAGUCAAGGAGGCCAUGAACCUUCCAGAUUUGGUUGUCGAAGCUUUAGCUUUAACUAUUCUCCAUUUGAAGGGAUUUGGUUUUGAAAGAAUUCUGUGCUCAGCGGCUGGAUUUCCACCUCAGAACAACAAUGUACUGAUAGUUACAACUUCUUCAAAUCAAGUGUAUGCAUUUGAUGUAGAGGCCAGACAAUUGGAGGAAUGGUCAGUGCGGAAUACAUUUGUUCUUCCCAAGAGAUUUCACGAGUUUCCGGGUGAAGUCAUUGGACUUUCAUUCCCUCCCUCUGCUCGCGUCGAAUCUCAGCGUUCAUGUUUCGUGCAAACAACAACAACUCCAUCUCCAAUUCCAUUUUGGUGA